UAUAAAUAUGUCGGUCCCAAGAACUCGGAAGCAGCUUCGUCCUCGUCUCGCAUUUUGUGGAGCUUCGGCCCUCGCGAAUGGAGUCGUCGCCUAACCACUCCGCGGCCCCGAAGGUUCGAGCGAAAUCGAGCACGAGCGAUCGCCUCCUCGACCUCCGGAGCUCGCUCUCGGUGGUGAAUGCCCCACUGGAGAACGGGGACUCGAAGCCCCGAUCGUCGAGGAAGAUGGGGAGCGAGAGCAAGCUGAGCCCGAAGAUCGUUGUUGGGGAGGCGGGGUACGUUCUCGAGGACGUGCCCCACCUCAUGGAUUAUAUCCCCGAUCUCCCAACCUAUCCAAAUCCGCUGCAAGAUAAUCCAGCUUACUCUGUUGUCAAGCAAUAUUUUGUUAAUAAGGAUGAUACCGUUGCUCAGAAGAUUGUUGUUCAAAAGAGCAGCCCCAGAGGGACCCAUUUUCGCCGCGCUGGUCCUCGUCAGAGGGUGUAUUUUGAGUCGGAUGAGGUGCGUGCGUGCAUUGUAACAUGCGGAGGUCUUUGCCCUGGACUUAAUACUGUGAUAAGGGAAAUUGUAUGUGGCUUGUGUCACAUGUAUGGCAUCACCAAAAUUCUCGGCAUAGAGGGUGGAUACAGAGGUUUCUACGCACGCAACACCAUUACGCUGACUCCCAAGAAUGUCAAUGAUAUUCACAAAAGAGGUGGAACAAUCCUCGGAACAUCACGAGGGGGUCAAGACACUUCAAAGAUUGUUGACAGUAUUGAAGAUCGUGGAAUUAAUCAGGUUUAUAUAAUUGGAGGAGAUGGUACUCAAAAAGGGGCCUCUGUCAUAUUUGAGGAAAUCCAAAGACGGGGUCUUAAAGUUGCUGUUGUUGGUAUUCCGAAGACAAUAGAUAAUGACAUUGCGGUAAUCGACAAGUCAUUUGGUUUCGAUACUGCUGUAGAGGAGGCCCAGCGUGCAAUAAAUGCAGCACAUGUGGAGGCUCAAAGUUUUGAAAAUGGUAUUGGUGUUGUGAAGCUAAUGGGGCGCUACAGUGGCUUUAUUGCAAUGUAUGCUACUCUUGCAAGUCGAGAUGUGGACUGUUGUUUGAUUCCUGAAUCGCCAUUCUAUCUAGAAGGGGAAGGCGGACUUUUCGAGUACAUCGAGAAGCGCCUUAAGGAGAAUGGCCAUAUGGUUAUUGUUGUUGCUGAGGGUGCAGGUCAGGAGCUUAUAGCUGAAAGCAUGCGGUCCAUUGACCAUAAAGAUGCUUCUGGAAAUAAGCUCCUCCUAGAUGUUGGGCUUUGGCUCUCUCAAAAGAUAAAGGAUCACUUUGCAAAACUACAGAAGAUGACGAUCAAUCUGAAAUAUAUAGAUCCUACAUAUAUGAUACGUGCAAUUCCGAGCAAUGCAUCAGAUAAUGUCUACUGCACAUUAUUGGCUCAUAGUGCAAUUCAUGGUGCCAUGGCAGGAUACACUGGUUUUACUGUUGGGCCUGUUAAUGGAAGACAUGCUUACAUUCCUUUGUAUAGGAUCACAGAAGCGCAGAACAAAGUUGUGAUCACAGACAGGAUGUGGGCGAGGCUACUGUCGUCAACUAAUCAACCGAGCUUUCUAAGCACCAAAGACAUCGAGGACUCAAAGAAGGAAAUAGAGCCGCCAACCCAACUUCUAAAUGGAGAGAACUUGAAGAGUUGAAUAUGUCCGGUCAAAGCGAGAUGAUGUUGAGAAAUUAUCGGUGUAGAUAAGUUUCGCUAGCUGCUGCAGCAUCAGCAGCAGUGAACAUGGAUGCUUUAUAUUUGUUUCUAUCCGUUCAUAUCUGUAAGUUAAAAUAAUCCUAGGGUAUUAGUGAAGAAUGAAGGUUAUGUACUAAUGCCGAAUAAGUCAGCUUGAUUUUCUAUGAAGAAACACUCCUGGUGAGUGCUGUGAUCUGUAAUUUUUAUUACAGAUCACUACAGUUUUAAUCGUUUGAAAUAAGAAGCAACUUUUUUAUUAGUUUCUA